AUGGAUGACCGCCAUCAUUUUACCCAGAUCCCUGACCAGGGUACGGUUCCUGGUGUCUCGUCUCGUGAAACUGAAAUGACCCUCAAUCCAUACAUUUCAUUGCAGUACGACAUUGAGGAGGCGCACAAGAAGUUCAUCCAAUAUGCCGAGAUCAUUGCUCAAGGCGACCCCUUGGCACUCAAGGUCGGUGACUUGGUCUUCUACUCCGAAGUAGAAAGAACAGCCGCUAGACUAUUCGGACAGCGACGCCCACGCAUGAUUGAAUGCACUACGGAUAGACCAAUCCAAUGGACUGAGGUCUUUCUUCAGCCGCUGGGGCCGGGAGAUUUCCAACAACAAGAGAACGGAACGUACCAGUGCCGCAUCCGGGGGACUUUAAUCGAGGUUUCCGAGGCGAACUACACUCAAAUCAUCACCGGCGUUCCUGGACGACUUUUGCAGCCAUCGCAAAACUUGUCGAGUGAGGAGAACGAGAGGCGCGUUUGGCUCAUUCUCAGCUCCUACCUACAGCAGACACGACAGAACCUCCAAUCAAUGCCAUUGAUUGCGCGCGCAACUGAGGGCGAGAGUUCUAAUACCGGGUUAGUUGCACAUCACCCAUUUUCGGCGAAUCGUCGGGCGAUCAAUGGCAGAUCCGGCCUCACUUCCGGCAAUACUUCUGAUAGAAUCCGCCUCUGGUUGAUGGACGUCGAGGUUCUCAGUACUACAGACGACGAUGCUGAAUCAACUGGAUCCGACAUCCCUUACUAG